AUGCCGAUUGAGGCUCUUCCCCAGAAAACAAUCCGGGCGAUUGGCUCCACAUCUGUCAUUUCGGAUCCGUACUCUGUUGUCAAGGAGCUUAUAGACAAUGCCCUGGAUGCUUCUGCUACCUCGUUGCAGGUUGAAAUUUCCCAAAACGCUGUGGAUGUCAUACAGCUCAAAGACAAUGGUCAUGGCAUCUCUCCAGAGGACCAGCAAUAUGUCUGCAAACGAGCUUUUACCAGCAAGAUCCAAACUUUAGAUGACCUCAAAAAUGUCGGCGGGUCAUCAUUGGGAUUUCGUGGUGAAGCACUUGCAAGUGUCGCAGAGAUGUCUGGUGUCCUCGCUGUCACCACUCGAAUUGAGUCUGAAGUUGCCGGGUUAUGUUUGAAGUACGGAAGAAACGGAGAACUCACUGGAACAGAACGGACGUCACAUCCUGUAGGCACAACUGUCCGUAUCACGGACUUUCUCAAACACAUUCCUGUCCGCAGGCAGACUGCCUUGAAGGGUGCUGUGAGAAAUCUCACAAGGAUCAAAAAGCUCCUCCAGGCAUAUGCUAUAGCCCAGCCAUCCAAGAGGCUUUCACUCAAAGUUCUCAAGACAAAAAAUGAAAGCAGCAAUUGGACGUACGCGCCAAGCGCAAGCGCCUCGCCCUCGGACGCAGCUCUCAAGGUAGCCGGCACAGAAGUGUCUUCUUCUUGUGUCGUGAAGCGGCUUUCCUCCCAGGGCACCACUGAGAAUCAACGAGGAUCAUCAGACCAGAAAGAGUAUGAAGCCAUCGCUUUUCUUCCGAAGACACAAUUUGACACCCCCAAGAUCAACAAUUCAGGACAAUACAUCAGUGUGGAUGGCCGCCCUCUCUCUAGUAGCAGAGGGAUUGGUCAUGAGAUCGUCAAAAUUUUCAAGUCAUAUGUCCGUGUCGCCGCAUCCAAAAACAAAUCCUCCAAAUCGGUUGUCGAUCCUUUUCUCUGUCUGCAAAUUCGAUGUCCUCGAGGAACGUACGAUGUCAACAUCGAGCCAGCGAAAGAUGAUCUGCUCUUCGAAGACCGAGAUGUUGUCUUGGCAUUGGUGGACAAUUUGUUUCGCGGCCACUACGGAGAGAUAGAUGGGACGGAGACAAACACUUCCAACCAAGACAAAGAGGAUGCUUGCAAAUCCAAUGAAGGCCCGGGAGGAUUUGGACUUUUGAUGGCUAGGAAGCCAGCUACAGAACUUGCCACACAGCCUCGCGAUCCUGACAACCCCGUCAGUGAACCUAUACCCCACACGCCUAUUUCACAGAAGCCGGUUCGGUCUCAGUGCCCCCUUUCGCCUGUGGUUUCUUCUAGCAACAAGGGCCCCGAAAGUCCCAACGAGUCGGACACCGGCAGAAACAAACGGACCAGCUUCCUCAAUCCGUGGUCUAUUUCCAGAAUAAAUGCCUCGUUUCAAACACCGCGACGCGGAAGCAAUUCUCUCAGCCAAACAAGCCCCGUAGAUCUACCUAUCAGUAACCUCCAAGGGCCAAUUCGGAGGGAGAGUAUAUCUCAAAACGUCCAGCAUUCGCCAACCUUAGGCUUGACAAGUCCGCUUACUUCGCCAAUGAGCCGCCAUCGAGAGCAUCCGCAAAAGUCGACUACGUCCCCCCUUGAAAAUGAUCGCAUUUUGAGCGCCCGACGGGCUGAGAGGGAACGUGAUCGAGAUCUCUAUGGGAACGGCGCUUUAGACACUUGGUUUCAGAGGACUACACAAGUCUCGCUGGAGCACAACCCUGUUGAGGAAGGACCGAGUGAGGAACCGGAUUCACCGCUUUCAUUCCUUGCCCAGCAACGAUUUGGAUUGCCAACGAACACUUCGCCAAAUAUUAUAACUACCGAUAGGCAGAAUGAUGGUGGUUCGGACAGUCCACUCGAGAAUAACAUCACCCCGAAAGCCGUUGAUCAUGGGCCUGCGCUACCCGAAGACAAGAGUGACCAUGUUCCAGAGUCAAUGGACAGUGGUCGAGGAUUUCCGGUUCUUGAAAGAUGGGCCGCUCAUCUUCACCAAGGCGCCAGUCAUGAGGCUGAUCUGGAGAAAGCACUUGACUUCGAAAGGCGGAAGAAAGAAGCCAUUCAGAACAGUCGCACACGCUUCAGACAGAACGAUCAACCAUCCAGUUCGCAGUCUGCUCCAGCGUCGCAUUCGCCUCAUAGCAGUCGGUAUCUUGCCGCAAAAGCUGCGCUAACUUCGUCGCAAACUUCGAUCGGCGAGCCGGUCUCUACAACAACGCUCUCUCCUCAUGAUCCGCGAGCAUAUCUGAUCCGCCGGGAAAGAGACCGUUCUAUUUAUAAAUCCUCAACGAAGGAUGGAACGGCUCGCAAACUACCCAUCAACAAACUUCCCUUCGAACGUAUACCUGAUGGUUCCGACCUGCAUGAUCUUGGCUUAACCUGCUCGGUUGACUUAUCAUCUGGCUCGAACUCAUUCAAGCGGAAUAUUCCCGAUGAUCUAUAUACUGAGAACGAUAACGAAAAUACAGCAUUCUCAGCAUCUGAUCUUGAAACCUGCCUGCCGUUCUGGAACGAACGGGUGAUGCUUAUUAUGAAGCAGCAAUACAAAAACAAGGAUGAAUCAACGCCCUUGAGCAUUCAAAUUGAUCUUGCCCCCAUUAUUUCUCGGCAUUUGAAAAAUAUUGCAGACAGCCAAAACAAUUAG